AAGCCUAGAUCAUCUCAUAUCAGCAUGGAAAAACAUGAGCUUUCAGAGAGUUUCAUCAAGUCUUUUUCAAAUAUAGCCGUCAAUAAAGAGGAGAAUGGAAAUGAAGACAAAAAGAGAGGCUCUUCAAAAAAGAAAAUAACUGGAAAAAAUAUUAGUGUGCAACCUCAUGACGUGCUAGAGAAGUGUGAUGGACUGGAUGAGCUGAACCUAUCGUCUCCUGUUACUAAGAGAGAACAAAGAGGACGUCGUGGCAGAGGCAGAGGUCGUGGGUUUUAUAGAGUCAACAGUAGAAAAUCUGCUCCAGCAAGACCAAUACAAGAGUCAUCAAGUUCAACCGGAACUUCUGAUUCCGCUUCUUCUUCUGAUUCUGAAGAUGAAACUACCUCUGAAGACACCUCAGACUCGGACUCAGAAUCUACCUUGGAGAGUGGAACUAGCUUGUCUGGAAGUGAGGAUUCUCAGACAACUUACACAUCUCACUCGACCAACUCAGAAUCUGAAGAUUGUGACGACAGCUGUUCAUGUUGCUCUUGCUCCUGUUGUGAGGAUUCUUCAGUCUCUUCUACCUCUUACGAGUCAACUGAUGAUCUGACUGAUCUUCCCCGAGUGAAACGUGGAGGUCGUCUAGGCUCCAAGGGUAGCAAGAAGGUGGCUCAACACUGCGCUCAGUCUUAACUCAUUAGCCUUAAAGGCAAUGUUGAGGC